AUGAGCGUUGUCGCGAAAACUGCUCCAGUAAUUAAUAAUUAAUUAUAUUAGCAUAAUAUAAACGAAGUAUUAUUUAGAUACUUAACGCAAGCUUUAUUUACCUUAUUUUUUAAAUCCUACCCAAUAGAAGAGUGUGUAGCUAAACAGCUAAAAAGAUUUUCAUAAUCCGUUUUAACCAAGACUUUGGUGGUUCUAUUUUGGUCAAAGCUUUUCAAAAUGAUUGUGCCAUCGAAGCUGUUCCGAAGCCACAAGAUGGCGCGACGGGUGCUGCGGCCCGCGCGGGCGCUCUCGCAGGAGACCGGGGACUUCUUCAAGUUCUACAGCGACGAGGGGCCGAGCGCGGAGCACCGGCCGCUGACGGAGGCCGACUACGGACGGUUCAUCAGCCGCAGGGCUGCGAGGAGGGAGCCGGCGCUCACCAGGCAAAUCACAAGCCUAGCGUAUGGCGUCGGUCGCCAGAUGAUCUCCCUGGCCGAGGGCAUGCCCAACGAGGAGGUGUUCCCGUUCACCAGACUGGAGCUGGGCUCCACCGCCGGAGCGCUGCACAUGGAGGGGAAGGAACUGGCCACUGCGCUGCAGUACGUCCCGUCACAAGGUCUCCCAGCCCUCCUGAGCGAGCUGCGCGCCUUCCAGCAAGACCUGCACCGCCCCCCACCCCUCCCCCGCGACGUGCUCGUCACCAACGGGGCCCAGCAUGGCAUCUACCAGGCCAUCGACAUGCUGCUGGAUGAAGGAGACCCUAUACUGCUUGCCGAGUAUGCCUACACUGGAGUCCAUGCUGCUCUCAGGCCGUACAGCCCCGAGAUCAUCACCAUCCCGGAAGACGAGCUCGGGCUCAUCCCCGACACGCUGGAGGCGGUCCUGGGCGAGCGCCUGGCGCGCGGGCUGCCCAUGCCGCGGCUGCUGUACCUCGUGCCCAACGGCAACAACCCCACCGGCGCCACCAUACCGGCCCACAGGCGCCGCCACAUCUACGACCUCGCCUGCAGAUACGACUUCCUCAUCCUGGAGGAUGAUCCGUACAUGUUCCUCAAUUAUGAUGAUGAGCAACACCCAUCGUUCCUGUCUCUGGAUACGGCAGGACGGGUUGUGCGUCUCGACUCGCUAUCUAAGGUGGUCAGCUCAGGCUUGCGAGGAGGCUGGAUGACGGCUCCGAGGCCACUGCUGGAGCGAGCCGAGCUACACAUGCAAGGGGAGAUCCUACACAGCUGCACGUUGGCUCAGUGCCUGGUGCACCGCGUGUUGUCCAACCGCUCUUGGCUGGCCGACCACCUGCAGCGCGCGCGCGCCCUCUACCGGCGGCGGCGGGACGCGUUGUUGGAGGCGAUCGGUCCGCUAGAGCCCCUCGCCGAGUGGCAGACGCCACCUGGCGGCUUGUUCCUGUGGUUGCGAGUGAGGGGGGUGGAGUGUGUUUAUAAUAUGGUAUUUGAAACUGCUUUUAAACGUGGCUUGAUGCUGAUCCCAGGCCAAGCCUUCCAAUACGACACCACCAUCCCCUCGAAACACUUGCGAUUGACCUUCAGCAAAAUAGCCGUCAAAGACAUGCCCGUCGCCGCGCGCCAUCUAGCGAACAUCAUCAGAGAAGAGCAGCAGCGCAGUUUGCAGAAACAGCCGCAGAGGAUCGCUACUCAACGCUAGAGGGCGCUAAUAUUAAUUUAGGUUAAGUUAUUUAAUGCUGGUCAAUGAUGAUGGUUGUAAUUAAACUAAUAAAGUUUUAUAAUCAUUACUUUACUGUAUAGUGUAACGGAACGAUAUACCUUUAUUUAUAUAGCUUUAGUUAUCUUAAUUUUGUGAUGUCCGGACUCCGACAUAAUUUAAAAAUCUCAUAAAGCAAUAGAGUAAAAGGUUCAAGAAAUCAAGUUCAUUGAUUCCUUGAAAGUUGCUUUUCAAAACUGUGAAAUUGUAAUGACUUUUUAAAAACAUCGCUGCACGCUGCAGUUACAGUUUAUUGACGCUCGUUUCCUGGAAUAUUUCAUUACUCAUGUAAAAUUUUAUUUUGUGAAAUUAUUUUUCUUCAAAGCUGGUUGUGUAGUCGUAAUUACAAAAAUACCAAAUUGUUUUUCAUAGACAACCGUUUCAGUAAACUUUAAACUUAAACCUAUUCUCACGUUGAUUAUCUUUUGGAUUAUAUUUAUUUAUUUAUUUAAUCGACCUUAAAGCAGAAUGAAUUUACCCAAGAUUGAAACUAACUAAGCGACACAUUAAUGUUAUGUUAUGAAACUUAUGAAUUACACAUUUGGGUGUGAAAUAAAAGCACUUUGUAACGAACAAGAGAGAACGCCGUGUACACUGUCAAUAGAUGGCGGAAAAGUGCUGAAAAGAUUUUAUAUUUAUUUAAUAAUUAAUUUAUUUUAAAAAUAAUAAAUAAUCAAUACUGUAAAUAAUUUAAAUAAUAAAUUAAUAAAUAAGUUAAAUAAA